AUGGACUUUCUCCCAGACUCCCUCCUCUCCCUAAUCCAACAACAUCCAACCUUCCAAACCCUCACCUCCACCCCCAUCGCCUCCCACCUCGCCUCCCUCCACACUACCUACCUAACCCCCUACGUCUCCCACUGCCGCUCCGCCUACCUCGACCCCUACCUCAUCCACCCGCUCGCCUCGCUCCUCACCUCCUCCAUGCCCAUGCCCGACCUCGUCUCCAUCUUCAUCCUCGCCCUCGUCCUCAUCAUCUCCCUCAAGAUCCUCGACUAUGCUCGCCGUCUCGUCAUGUUCUGGGUGAACCUUGCCCUGAGGUUGCUGUGGUGGGCGCUCGUGCUGGGCGCCUUGUGGUAUGUGUAUUCAGUGGGGAUCGAGAAGACCGGAAGGGAUUUGGGAUGGCUUGUUGGUGUUGCGGGGGGGUUCGUGGAUGGGUUUAGGGAUGGGGUUGAGGGCGGGAGGGCUGUUACGGGGUCUGGGGGUGGUGUUGGGGGGUAUGCCACGGGGAUGGGUGGGGGGAGGAGGUAUUAG